AUGAAAGGGAUAAAGCAUGGAGCCCGUGAUUAUAUAGUAAAGCCGGUGCGCCUCGAACAGCUUAGGGUUGUAUGGACACAUGUGGUGAAGAAUAGUAAGACUGAUGAUGUUGUUCGGAAGUUGCCAUCUGGGGAUGGUGAUAAAGUUGAGAAGGUUGGAGCGAACCACACCAAGAAGUAUUCAAGGAAAAACAAAAAGGUUGUGGAUGUUGCUGAUGAGGCCAACGAGAACACAUCAACCCAGAAGAAGCAAAGGGUCCAGUGGUUGGUGAGCUACACCGGAAGGGUUGUUCCUAAGAAGAUAUUAGAAGUCAUGAAUGUGGAAGGCCUUACUAAAGAGAAUGUCGCCAAAGUACAGAAUCUACCUCAGAAAGCUCAACGAGGCACAGUAAGGAAUUCUAAUCCAUUUGCUGAUGAAACUGAAGCACUGUGGAGAAACCAUUUUGCAAAGAUGAAUUCCUUAUCUGCAAUUGGAACGCAAGCUUCGCUGCCCACAGAGUCAGUUCAGGUCAUGAGCUCCCAGAAAAACAUGGGCAUUCCUCAGCCAAACAUGGAACCAGUUGGCCAGAGUGUCAACCUGCCCAAAAAUGUUGUGCCUAUGCCAGUGUAG